AUGCCUUCUGGUGGAAAGAAAGUCAGCAAAAAACUAAAGCGUGUAAGCUCGCAGAGUGACGCCAAGCCGCCCAGCUCUUCCGCAGCAGUUACUACACCCACUUCGUCGCGUUCGCCCUCACGCCCGCAAGGUCCGACCACUUCCAAGGUCUGCCACUCCAUAUUCGACACCCUCUUGUGUCCCUCACCAUCCACGUGCACGGUUCCAGGAACAAUGGCCCAAUCUGCCGCCAGCUCUGCACGGUCUAGGUUUGUUUUGGCUACAGGCCGGCUCACUCACUUUGACCAGAAACUUAAUGCUCCUGAUGCCCGCACCCCAACACCCCAACCCAACUCGGAACAGAUCCGAGGCAUGUGGUUGGAGGUCGAAUCGGAGUAUCGAGCCUGUUCUGCACUUCUAGCAACAGAGGAUCCAGAUGGUCAAGUUGAGGUCCAAGACAUAUACGAUGAAUGUUACGCGGUGUACGAGCAAAGUUUAGCUGAACUCAACGACCAUCUCCAGCCCCCAACUGUCAUUCCGACCGCGCAACCAGCCGUCCAGGUGCAAAUGUCCAACGAUUGCCGCCUUCCCCCAUGCGACACGGAGGUUUUCAGUGGAGACUACCAGCAGUGGCCCACGUUCCGAGACCUAUUCACCGCCAUCUACAUAAACAACGCCAGGUUGACUCCGGUGGAGAAAUUAUACCACCUCAACCAGAAAACGAGCGGUGAAGCCCACGACAUAGUUGCACAGGCCCCGCUUACGAAUGAUGGGUUUGAAUCUGCCUGGAACCACCUUCGUGAGCGUUUCCAAAAUAAACGGCUGAUACUCAAGGCCCAGUUGAAGAUCCUUUUCAGCUUGCCUUCCAUCCGAUCUGAAUCUGGAGCCGCCUUAAAGGAGCUCCAGAGGUCUGUCCACAAAUGCAUCACGACCCUUCAGCACUCCGAGGUGUCCACCGACAGCUGCUUUGCAGAUGGCGUGCUGGUGUACCUCAUUACCGCGAAGUUACCAAAGGCGACCGUGGAGCUUUGGGAACAAUCGGUUCCGAAUAAAUUCGAGGUUCCGACUUGGCGCGCCAUGAACAAGUUCUUAGAGGAGAGAUACCUCUCUCUCGAGGCGACCGAGGACGGUCAUCCAGGCAUCGAGCCGCACUACAAUUCCCGUCCAAGCCUUCCCACUCCUGCACAUCGACGAGUGAACUCCUUUGAGGGGAGAAUCUCCAACAAGGCGCGCACUUGCGACCUCUGUUCCAGGAGCUAUCAUCCUGUGCGAUCAUGCCCAGAAUUUCUUCGCCUGACCGUACAGGAACGGUCAAGCUACAUUCAGCAGAAACAACUCUGCUUAAACUGCUUCGCGCGAGGACACCAACUCCGGGACUGCACCAGCGCGUACAACUGCAGUACGUGCAGUGGACGACACCACACCCUCCUUCAUCGGGGCGAGCAGACUCCGAGUGGCUCCAACUGUGCUCCCAGUCCUCACACCACACAAGCCCCUGCCACCAUACAGUCCACUUCCUCUUCUCUUCCUUCGUCCAACGACUCAGCCCAUGUCCAGAGCUAUUGCGCUACAAAUGUACACCAGGUGCUACUGGGCACAGCAAUAGUGGACAUUUGUCAUGCCGGCACAAGAUACAAGGCUAGAGCCCUGAUCGACUCCGGAUCUGAGGCCACCUUUAUUACUGAGCGGAUGUUCAAAAUCAUUCGGCCCCCUUCCAAGCCGUCCAGGCUCAAGUCUCUGAACUACAUGACAGACCUUCCUAAACUCCAUUUAGCGGAUCCCUCCUUUCAUCGCAGCGCGCAGAUAGACGUGCUCAUAGGCGCUGAUAUCCUUCCAUCCAUCCUUUUAAGCGGCUUCCGGUCCAACAUUUGUGGCUCGCUCUUGGGCCAAGAGACUAUCUUCGGAUGGGUCCUAUCCGGUCCUGUCGCAGCUGACUCGUCUCGAAUCAUCUCUUCCUUCACCACGAAGAUCUCGGUCAGCUCUGACGUCCGACUCGAGAAACUUCUCACAAGGUUUUGGGAGGUGGAGGACCUUCCAGGGAGACCUACGAGCGAGUCAGACUCCAUUUGCGAGGAAAAUUUUCUCCAGACCACGCAGCGAGCUCCCGACGGGAGAUACAUCGUCACUCUUCCAUUCAAAUGUCCAGAAAAGAUAGACUUGGGCUACUCGAGGCCUUCGGCCCACGCCCAGUUUCUGAGAAACGAGCAGCGUCUGCAGCGAAACUUGCCUCUCAAGAAGCAGUACGACGAUGUCAUUCACGAGUAUUUAGAGCUAGGCCACAUGAAACAGGUUCCACCUAGUCAUGACUCUGGCCAUUUCUAUCUUCCACACCAUGCCGUUUUCAAGCCAGAAAGCACAACGACCAAGGUGCGCGUGGUCUUCAACGCGUCCAGCCCGUCCUCGAACGGAAGAAGCCUUAAUGACGUAUUGCAUUCAGGGCCAGUCCUUCAGUCCGACUUGACCACGCAAAUCCUUAAGUGGCGCGUAUUCCGUUACGUUUUCAACGCCGACAUCAAUAAGAUGUAUCGGCAGAUCCUCGUGGCGCCACAACACACUCCCUACCAACGGAUAAUCUUUCGCAAUCCUAACGGGGACGUGUGCGACUAUGAACUCGAUACGGUCACCUUCGGAGUCAACUGCGCGCCAUUUCUCGCCAUUCGCGUCCUAAGGCAACUUGCACAUGAAGUGCAUCCAAGUGCAUCGGUUCCCAAUGGCAAGCGACAUCCUGGCCAAUUACAUAUUGCGAAGCUGUUUGAUCCAGCGGGAUGGCUUGCCCCCUUUGUCAUCCAAGCUAAGAUGUUCAUGCAGGAGGUGUGGUUACGAGAGUUAGGUUGGGACGAGGACCUUCCUGGCGAUCUGCCGGCCAUCCAGCAGAUCCACAUACCAAGGUGGAUCCACGUCUGUCCGACUGCCAAGGUGCAGAUUCAUGGCUUCUGCGACGCGUCUCAGCGUGCCUAUGGUGCGGCGAUCUACGUCCGAGUGGAGCGGCCGAAUGGCAUAUUCUGCUCUCUCCUGACAGCUAAGACUCGCGUGGCCCCCGUGAGGACGAUAUCCUUGCCUCGACUUGAGCUGUGCGGAGCGGUUCUUCUGGCAGAAUUGUCCGCUGCCAUCCUUCCACAGAUGCCGCUAGACAGUAGCCAGGUAUCCUUCUGGACCGACUCUACCAUUGUGCUGGCCUGGCUGCACAAACCAGCGUGCGAAUGGACCACGUUCGUGGGCAAUCGAGUCGCCAAGAUAGCGCGCUGCAACUCCGGCGAGCUGUGGAGUCAUGUUCGAUCGGAAGACAAUCCUGCCGACCUAGCCAGCCGAGGUAUAGGACCCAUCGACCUCGCGGGGAACGACAUGUGGUGGCAUGGUCCUGCUUGGCUGCGUCUUCCGCAGUCACAGUGGCCGUGUCCACUGGACCCAUUCCCGGAGACUGACUUGGAGAAGCGAGCAGUCAAGGUGCUGCAUACAAGUAGCACAUCCUCUGACAUCCUCAGCCGAUUCUCGGAUCUCGGGCGAGCUUUGCGCGUGCUUACCUAUGUGCAGCGAUUCAUCCAACGAUGCAGAGGAGGGUCAGUCCACAAUUCCAACGAGGUAAGCGGGGCAGAGAUAGCGGCCGCACUGCAAGCCGUUACCAUCGCAACGCAGGGCAUGCACUAUGCGGACGAACAUCGGUGCCUUACAACCAAACGUCCUCUCCCUGCAUCGAGUUCCCUACGGAAUCUCAAUCCAUUCAUUGACCAGAACGGUGUCAUGCGAGCAUGUGGCCGAGUCCAAGCCUCCGCUUCCAUGUCCUACAACGAGAAACAUCCAAUCCUACUGCCACCCGCAUCCCUCCUCGUUCGCCUGCUGGUGCGCUUCACUCAUCACAUAGUCCUCCAUGGUGGGAACCAGCUGGUCAUUCGCCUUCUCCGUGCAACUUACUGGAUCCCUCGACUACGUCACAUAGUGAAGGCGGUGAUCCAAUCCUGUAAGGUAUGCGUAAUCCAUCGCAAGCGACUCCAGACCCAGUUAAUGGGUGACCUCCCGUCCACAAGAGUCACAUUCUCCAGACCAUUCACAUACACCGGAGUCGACUUUGCCGGUCCCUUCGACGUCAAGAGCUUCAUCGGGCGCGCAUGCCGCAAAACCAAAGGUUAUGUGUGCGUGUUCGUGUGUUUCACCACGAAAGCCAUCCACCUAGAGGCCACUUCCGACCUAUCCACUGACACCUUCCUAGCCGCUUUCGCUCGUUUUGUCGCGAGACGGGGGUGUCCUCACGAGGUCCAAUCCGACAACGGCAGGAAUUUCGUCGGCGCAUCUCGUGCUCUGGCUGUAGAUCUUCUCGAAGCCAUCCGAACGCGGACUUCUGCGGUAUACAGUCAGCAGGGCUUAUCGUGGCGGUUCAUCCCUCCGGGAGCCCCACACAUGGGUGGCCUUUGGGAAGCAGGCGUGAAGAGUUUCAAGACUCUGUUCCAACGGUCGAUGUGUACGGCCAAAUAUACAUUGGAGGAGUUCGCCACCUUACUCUCCAAAAUUGAGGCCUGCCUUAACUCUCGACCGAUCUCUCCUAUGUCCGAGGACCCGAAUGACCCGCUAGCUCUAAGCCCAGGUCACUUCCUGAUCGGCGGGCCGCUACUCUCCGUGGCGGAGCCUGAAAUAAAAGAGAGCGCCUCCUCCAUCCUGAACCGCUGGCAACAUCUCCAGGCUCUAAACCAGCAAUUCUGUUCGCGCUGGAAAACGGAGUACCUACGAGAGUUGCACAAGCGAACCAAAUGGCAGCAUCCAACAAGAGACCUAGAGGUGGGAGACCUCGUUGUUAUCAAGGAGGAUAACAUCCCCUCUCACGAAUGGCGUCUCGGACGGGUACAAAAAACGUACCCUGGGCCCGAUGAUAAGGUCCGUGUGAUAGACCUUAACACUGUCCGAGGCCUUAUCAAAAGACCGAUUACUAAGGUCGUCCUGCUGCCUAUGGAGUCGGAGAUCCAGUCCACCUACUCCCGCGUACUACCCGACCCAUAA